AUGACUGCUAAGGAGCUUCACCCACUUCGCUCUUUCAUCGGUCUUACUGAUCAGGAUUCGGAUAGCAUGACACCGCCUCGCGCGAGCUUACGACCCCAAAUGGCCGGACCCCAAAUGGCCGCCCCCCACCGUUUCGUUCAAGACGCAGUCACCAAGGCUGGCCCUCCGGGUCGCGAGCCAAUGGUGCUUGUAAGCCAGCGAGACUUGUCCCGGCUGGGGAGACAGAGACGCCGAUUACUCCAGACGCGGAAACGCUCGGAGCUCAAUCUAUCAUCUCUGAGGCAGAUCAACGGACUGCUCGGUUUUGAGAUUCUUGAGGCCUGGGGCCUUUGUGCCAUGUUUCGUGAUUUGGCGUUGAAGACUCUGUCCACUAAUGCAGAUCAUAUGUAUCCUUCACAAUCAUCGUAA